CCACAGGCGUGUCCGGCUGGAGCGCCGUCGAAUGCCUUCGAGGUCGUCCGCUAUUUAGCGACGAUCGCCGGCUCGGCCUCGGCCUGCUGGCUUCGUUUAGCUGUUGGAUCCGUCUCUCCAAGGAGCACUUUGCAUCUCGCUGCGAUAUCUACAACCCUCGCUCAAGCUCCACAUCCAGGGCGUGGACAGCCGCUGCACCGCUGCUUCACUUCGAUCUGUUGUCUAUCCAGAGUCCAGCGUCGCAUUGCCCGCACGCCCGGCUUCAGCAUCAGCGUCUUACCGUCCAACCAAAAUCUCGGUCCAUGGAUCCAUCGUCCUGGGUGCUCUAUAUAUACUUUGUGACAGUCCUGCUUUGGCUGGCCACGUACAUCUCCAUCAUCAUCGUCACUCACAACGAUGGAACAUUUGGAAUGCCCACCUUUGCGUUGAGUCUCCAGUUGACAUGGGCAUUCUGCUACUCGGUCAUGGGCCCCUACACACUGCCCUUCGACUCGUUCAACCCCCAGGUCAUCGUCAACUCGGUGAUCCUGCUCAUGGGCAGCAUCUUGACCAUCACCACCUGCAGGAGCCUGCUCUCGCCCCAGAACCAGGAGUUUACAUCCGACCCGAAACUGCUGGCCCAGAUGCUGCCCUAUGCCGCCGCCGCUCUCUUUGUCUUUUCAUUCUCGCUGCAAUGCUGCUUCAAGUACCAAUUCUGGGAUCCGACCCAGCCGCUGCUGAAUCAGGCUUAUUCCUUCGCUGCCACGGAAGUAUAUGCAGCGCUGGCCUUUGUAUUGAUGCUCAUGCGUCGCGGGGACAUCCGCGGCCAGCACUGGAUCAUCGGCGCCAGCAGAUUCCUGAGCAGCAUCUUCAAUGCCAUUGUGUCAUUGCAGGCAUUCCCAACAAUCAUCAUGGGCUGGAUGACCACCGUGACGAUUCUGAUCGAUGGCGCAUAUCUGGCCCUACUCAUUCGACACCACACAAAAUGGAGUAUCCAGGCCAACACGCCGCUCAACCCGGUCCUGCCAAUGGCGGGCCAUGCUCUUCCGCCCAUUCCGAAUAACCCGGCUCGGGCUGGCGCUGCCGGGCCCAAUCCAUAACAAGCCCAGACACCGAGGGAGGACUGUGGCCUCCAGGUGCCAGACCGACAGCAGCCGCACUGGUCAUCCGCAAAGCCUUCCUGCCCAGCUCCACUGCUGCCGCUGGGCACUUGAAUCCAU